CUGAAAAAACGGAAUAAAAUAGACGCAAUUUGUUACUGCAUCUUCGGUUUAAACGGUUGAAAAACAUAUCCUAUUCAAAUACUAAAGAACAGCCGUUCGUAAAUAUGCUUCUUUUAUUCACAUUAUGAAUCCUAGCGAAAUAUCUGUCAUUCUAAUCAAUUUAUUAGUAGAUUUGUUGUUGAUUUCACGAUGAAAAAAGAUUUAUAAAUAAAUAUUCGUGUAGUAUUUUAACUACUGAAGUAUGAUCGUUCUAUAUUCAUGAUAUAAGUGAUUUUAAAAUCAGCAACGAAUUCUUCGUUAUUAUUUGAUUUAGACAGAAAACAAAACAUUUUUUAUCCAACAUGAAAAUGGUUAAUAUGGACCCGUACAUGGAUGUUGAAAGUAAUCAGCAAUUUAUUGACCGCCUGUUUAGCCCUGAUCCACAGACAUGUUUAGAUGCUUUGAAACACCUUAAAAAUACUGUUAUUGGCAGUAAUAAACAAAAAGGUAUCGUCAUUCAAAUGGGUGUUUUACCAAGACUUUAUCAAUUUUUAACUGAUGAAGUUAGCAGUGAGGAUCUAAUGAUAGAAACAGCAGUUACGCUUGGAAGUUUAGCUAAAGGAACAGAUAAACAUGUAGAAGAUCUUUUAGGGUCUGGGCUUAUUGGAGCUGUCUUGAGAGGUUUGGCAACAAGUUCAAACAUGAAGUUAACUGAAGCAUGUUUGAGGUGUUUGCGUACUGUGCUUUCACGUAAUGAUGCUACUAUUGAUAUGUUAUAUGAAGAUCCAACUCUUAUCCCUCAUCUAGUAUCAAUGUGUAAACAACAAUCAACUACUGUACAGGAAUGUGUCAUGACUAUGCUGAGUUCUGGGUGCCAGACUCCUGAACAUCAAGAUCUAUUAUGUGCCAAUGGAGUACUGGAUCUCUUGCCUCCGUUAUUAUGUAAUUCUGUUUAUAGAGUACAAAUACCUUCUCUAGGUUGCCUAGCUCAUAUGAGUUAUCAAAAUGAGAAAGUGUCUGAAUUAGCUGCCACAUCAAGUCACAAUGGUAAAUCUGUACCAGAUAUCUUAAUAGGAUUAAUGAGUAGGGAUAAAACAACAGAAAUGCAGCUAGCUGCUGCAAAAUGUAUGACAUAUAUGUGCAGAGCAGGAGCUAUACCUGCAGAUGAUUUUAGAAUUGUGUACAAAGCCCUUCCAACUUUAGUAAGAAUGUGUCAAAAAGAUGUUUCUCCCGAAGAAAGAGUCGAUGGGGCUGAAACAUUAGCUUAUCUCACUGAAGUCGACACUGAGUUACAGAGAAUCGCAAGUAUUAGUGACCACCUGAUACCAACACUAUCAGAACUGUUGAAGUAUCGGUUGCCCAAUCAAAAUGCGGAGAAUGGGGAAGAUAAUACAGCUAAUGACGAAACCAAAACUGAUACAAUAACUAGGGUUGUUCAAGAAGUUAAAAUGGCCCAGGAAAUGAAGCAAGCCGCAUUCAAAGCAUUUGCAUCAUUAGCAGCCAACGAUGAAGACAUUAGAAGAAAGAUUAUUGAUACUGAGAAUCUCAUGGAAAAUGUUGUGAGCGCCUUCACAGACCCAAAUCAACGUGUUCGAUUAGCUGCGGUUAGAUGUUUACAUAGUUUAUCCAGAUCUGUGCAACAAUUAAGAACUACUUUCCAAGAUCACGCUGUAUGGAGGCCAUUAAUGAAACUGUUUCAAACAGGCAAUGAUGACAUUUUAACAGUUGCCUCCAGCACACUCUGCAAUCUACUGCUAGAAUUUUCCCCAAGCAAAGAGUGGUUUUCUACUCAGCCAAUCCUGGAAUGUGGUGCAGUGGAACUUCUGUGCGGCCUCACCCGUAGAGACGAUCCUCUCUUAAGGCUCAAUGGAGUGUGGGCUCUCAUGAAUAUGGCUUUUCAAGCGGACCACAAAAUCAAAGCUCAGAUUCUGACGGCUCUUGGAAGUGACCAUGUCUUCAACUUGUUAUCUGACUCAGAUGUGGACGUUUUGAUGAAGACGCUAGGUUUAUUGAGGAAUCUACUCUCCACCAAGCCUGUAAGUAGUCACAUUGAUCAUAUCAUGGGACUUCAUGGUAAACAAGUAAUGCAGGCCAUUGUACUUAUACUUGAAGGUGAGCAUAGUGCAGAAGUAAAGGAGCAAGCACUUUGUAUUCUUGCCAAUAUUGCAGAUGGAGAUUUUGCCAAAAAUUUUAUCAUGUCAAAUGAUGAUGUCUUAAAGAAACUGAUAUCUUACUUGACUCAUUCUAAUGUCAAACUGCAAAUUGCUGCCACUUUCUGUAUUUCUAAUUUGGUGUGGAAAGAAGAGGAAGGUGCUUCUGAACGCCAGUCAAAGUUAAGAGAGUUGGGAGUACAGCAAAUUUUGCAAUCAUUGCUAGUUACUAGUGACACAACUCUAUUUGACCGAGUGAAAACUGCAUUACAACAAUUUCCAUCAGGAACAGGAACCUGAAUUGUACAGCUGUUUUAUCUAUUGUGUGCUAUGAUUAUCAUACCUGUGAUUUUUUUGAUUCAUUAAAAAAUGUUAUGGUGUA